AUGGGAUUCGAGUCCUGCGAAGAACGGUUUUGGAAAGCAAUUCAACCUUCCGCGUUUACUGCGAGUCAUGAGACACCGCUGUCACCAUCUACAGUCCCUGUUUCACAGCCGAAGAGAGUCUAUCAGCUUCAUGUCACAAACUCUUUUACAGAGACAGUCGUUCAUGAAGGGAUUUAUCUGAAGGCUGCGAUGUGGCGCUGUCAUUUCAUUCUCUUCUUGGCAUGUCUCGCAUACACUAAGUCUGCCGAUCCUCUUUGUGGCAGCGCUCCAGAGUUCAAGCAUGAUCGAACACAGUCAGUUUCGAGGACGCUUGGUCACAGCGUGGUCCUCACCUGCACGGCUUCCAUGGGUUUGAACCGAACAGUUUCACACUGUGAAGACCACCCGGAGUGGAUGAAAGACGGCAUACUGCUCACAAAUCUCACAAUUUACCCUCAAAAUAGUAAAGAAUGGUAUACUGAUGAUGAGGGUCGCAUUGAAAGCAGUGAACUAACACUAACCCUGCGAGAUCGGGCUGAUUUUGGAGUGUAUUACUGCAUAGUGAGGAACAGCACAGCACAAUUCACCGUAAAGGAAUACAAGUCCCCCAGUCACACAGGAGCAGUGGUGGCUUCAGUGGUUAUGUUGGUUGUACUUGCUCUCGCAGCGGUGGUCUAUUCCAAGUGCAGACUCAACUUUAAACUGUGGUAUAAGAACAUUUACGGAGAGUAUGAGAUCAAUGAUGGUAAAAUGUAUGACGCCUACAUCUCGUAUGUCAACGAUGAGAAUGACAGGAAGUUUGUCAAUUUUAUCCUGAAGCCACAUUUGGAGAACAAGUACAGUCAUAAGCUGCUGCUCAAUGACACAAACAUCCUUCCUGGAGCUGAGCCAUCAGCUGAGCUGCUGAUGAACAUUAGCCGAUGUCGACGUUUGAUUGUUGUUCUCUCUCAGUCAUACCUGGAGCAGGAGUGGUGCACUACCAAUUUUAGACAAGGUUUGUGGCACCUGAUCGAGCUGUCAAGGAAGCCCAUUUUCAUUAUAUUUCAGUCACAGCAGAAGCAAAUAAGCCAGGACAUCAGUCAGCAGCUGAGACAACACCAGCCUCGUAUCACUACAAUCACCUGGGGCGCACAUUCCAUGACCCCUUCUUCUGGGUUCUGGAAGAAACUUGCACUGGCAAUGCCACGUAAGGUGACAUUUCACAGGGAAUCUGCAGGUGAUCCACAGACUUUGUUACAGAGUGAUAAAGAUCCCAUGCUCACGCAGCAGCCUGAUUACCUGGACUGCAGACCAGACCCGGAUCCCGCAGGAGACCUGGGUUUGCGUUUGCCCAUCUACAAGACCCUUACAACCAAAGCUCCGGUGCUUCCUGCAGCUCCUGGUCCGACAGGUGAAGCCAAACCUUCAGAGAUAGACGUGUCUGACCUCGGCUUAAGGAACUACUCUGCCCGCAGAGACUUUUAUUGCCUGGUCACGGAUGAUGAUUUAUGAGACACACUCCGGUUCCUUUAUGCACUUUAGAGUCACUUCCCCCAAUGAUUACUUGUUACUGACACUUACUUUUUGCUACUUUAUUUACACCUAUACAAUUUGGUCACAUUUUAUUUUGAUGGUCCGUUUGCUGAAUUUAAGUUACAUUGCAUCUACAUGUCAACUAAUUCUCAUUAGAUUAGAAGUAGACUGUUAGGUUGGGGUUAGGGUUAGUGUAAGUUGACAUGUUCUUGCAAAGUUUCUUAUAGUCAGUUAAAUGUCUGUUUAGCAGCAGUAUCAACAGAUAUAUUAAGCAGACAGUCUACUAAUAAUCAAAUGGACCAUCAAAAUAAAGUGUAACCUACAAUUUUGCAUGCACACUUUAGGCUUAAACGGUUUAAUAGCAUUUCAUGUACAGUUACAGUUGAAGUCAGAAUAAUUAGCCCCCCUGUUUAUUUUUUUCCCCCCAAUUUCUGUUUAACAGAGAGAAGUUUUUUUUUUUCAACACAUUUGUAAACAUAAUAGAUUUAUAAUGAAUUUCUAAUAACUGAUUUAUUUUGUCUUUCCCAUGAUGACAGUAAAUACAUUUUACUGGAUAAUUAUCAAGACAAUUUUCAGCUUAAAGGGCAAUUUAAAGAUGUAAUUAGGUUAAUUAGACAGGUUAGGGUAAUUAGGCAAGAAAAAAAUUGCUUAAAGGGGCUAAUAAUUUUGACCUUAAAAUGGGGUUUAAAAAUUAAAAACGUCUUUUCUUCAAGUCGAAAUAAAACAAAUAAGACUUUCUCCAGAAGAAAAAAUAUUAUCAGACAUACUGUAAAAAAUCCCUUGCUCUGUUAAACAUAAUUUGGGAACUAAACUAAACUAAAAUACUUAAAUACUAAAAUACCUCUGACUUCAACUGUAUAUGGAUUACUAAGUACGUUUUAGUAAAGUGGGUCAAUAUUUAUUGUGCGGGUGGUUUGAUUUCAUUGUAAUGCCAUCCCUGCAUCCAAAUAUGCCUGCGAUGAUUGUGUGAUCUAUGCCGAUUUGUUUUUAACAGAUUUUUUUUACUAUUACAUAAACAAAAAAGGAUAAUAAAUGUCACAUCAAAAAAGAAAUAAUGCUUAAAAUAGUUGCAUUUUUGUUUCAUAUUAUGCUAGGCUUUGUUUUACUCAAUAUGUUAGUGGACUUGCUAUUAUAUCAGAUGGGUGAAUGAAGUUGCAGAGUUGACCAGUCAAAAGACAAGAAGAACAACUUAAGAUUGUUAAAGGUGUCAAUAAAUCCAGCUAAGACUGUGCAGUGUACAGAUCCGAGGACAGGCAGCAAUUUCAGAUGAGUAGGUGAGAGUUUAAAAUAUUUAAUAGGAAAGAAUAAUUGAAAUGAAUAAGUAUUUUACAGAUUGUAACCCAAGUAAACAUGUCCACGCAGGGCCCAUGCUGGCUUUUUGCAGGCUUAUGCCUCAUUCAGACUAGCAGCAACUUUGUAGCUGCAUGUCGC